AUGGGUGGAGCAAAACUGAAACGCCGACGUCUUGCUGACCCCCAGUCGAAUUAUGGUAUCGGUCCUAGCGGUUCAGGAAAGUCGACAGGUUUGCCAAAUUUAGCUAAGUAUUCUUCAAUGGACGACUACCUAACCAAGACAGGUCUUUUGUCGGAUUCAGCCUUAUCAGAUAUUUUGUCAGAUAUGGAAGAGGUUGAUCUGGUACCAGAUGUCAAUUCCUCAUCGUCCCAGUUUUCUGAUGGAGAGGCUCUUUGUUCUCUGUCAAGUUCACGUAAACGUAAACGUGGUCGUACUACUGGUCCGGUUCAUGGAUUAAAGCAUUUAGGAACUGCUAAAAAGGCUACACUUCGAUUAACUAAAAUUGGACCACGUCUAACGCUAAAUUUAAUAAAGAUAGAAGGAGGGGUGAACACUGGUACUUUUUUUUUAUCACCGUUGGCAAACACGUUCAGUAACAGAAUUAGUUAUACAAUCUGA